UAUAUAUCGCGGCGGCGGCUGCUGGGGAAUGGGGUCAGACUGCGGUGCAUGUCCCUGAAUCGUACGCUCCUCUCCUUGGUGCGGAGUUCCUUGGGUCCUGGGUCCAUUGUGUCCCGUCCCAAGGUUCGCUGCAUCCUGGGUCCCCCACCCUUUCCACCGGCUCGCCAAGCUCCCUGACCUUAACGUCUGCAGAACGAAAUAGGCACAAUCAUGAAUGUUUCAGAGGAAACAGAGGAGCUGCUCCAGCCCUACGACUUCGAGGUGUCACAGGACAUGAGACCCUUUUUGGAGGAGUACUGGGCAGUCUCAUUCCCCAUAGCUUUGAUCUACCUACUGCUCAUCUUUGUGGGGCAGAACUACAUGAAGGCACGGAAGGGCUUCAACCUACAAAGGCCUCUCAUCCUUUGGUCCUUUUGCCUUGCGAUCUUCAGUAUCCUGGGGACAAUGAGGAUGUGGGCCUAUAUGGGGGCCUUGGUACUUAGGGAGAGCCUAAAGCAAACUGUAUGCUUCACCUCCUUCCUCGAAGAUUCCAUAGUCAAAUUCUGGUCCUGCCUCUUUGUUCUCAGCAAGAUCAUUGAACUUGGAGACACAGCCUUCAUCAUCCUUCGUAAGCGGCCGCUCAUCUUUGUGCACUGGUUCCACCACAGCACAGUGCUAGUGUUCUCGAGCUUUGUAUUCAAGAACAAGGUGGCUGCAGGAGGCUGGUUCAUGACCAUGAACUUUGGUGUGCAUUCCAUCAUGUAUACCUACUACACUCUGAAGGCUGCCAAAGUGAACUCCCCUGGGUGGUUUCCCAAGCUCAUCACCAGCCUGCAAAUCCUGCAGAUGAUUAUGGGGACUGUUGUCGUCAUCCUGGCUUACACCUGGACACACGAAGAUGGAUGCCACACUACAAUGGAACACUUCUUCUGGUCCAUCGUCUUGUACGUGGCCUAUUUCUUCCUCUUUGCUCACUUCUUCUACCAUACCUACAUAAUGCCCAAAGUUAAAGCCAAGACCAAGAGCGAGUAAAAGUUUGGAGAAAAAAGAAGCUGCAGGGUCUCUCUUCCCCAGGGCACUGAGGGGCAUGGUUUAGAUCUGGGAGAAUGAUUAGGUUGUAUCCCCCAAGGUGGCAGGUAGUUAUAACAGACAGGAAACACAAACACUAGGAAGGGGGUGUGAUCUAGUACUUUGAUGUAUCUGUUUUUAAUGUGAGGGCCAAGCAGGCCUGGGGAUUGGGCUGUGACUGAGGAUCUCCAGAGCUGAGUUAUUUAUAUUUAUAUACAGAAACCUUCCUCUUCUUGCUUUAUUUUUAAAUUAAAUAUUUCAUCAAGAUUU